GAAGAAGAAACAGCUCGAUUGGUCGAAAUGAACUAGUGCACCUGUCAGUGGCGACCGGUGACCGAGGCUUGGUGGAAGAAAACAAUUUGUUCCAAGUUAUUUAACUUUUUUUUUUUCUAAAGCUCUUUCGUGUUCAACGUUUAACUUCACUCUGAACGGGACCCGUCUCGCAGUGAGCUGAAGAACGAGAAUGAGCUUUCAAGUGCCGCGUUUCUAUCUGUGGUUGUGUGCAGCUGUUGUGGUGUCGGUGUUUUCUUCUUCUGAAGCGAGUUAUCUUUGCACCGCACUUGUGAAUAUAUCGUUCACUGACCCCGAAACUAAUGAAACAGUGUGGCAAAAGGACGAAAGCGGACUCUAUGGCCAGGAUUCGCCAAAAGCUUCAGUAACUGGGGAAGUUGUUAUGCCGCAACCCGUGCAUGGCUGUGAUCCCGAUACUUUUUAUCAAGCUCCUACUCGCGGGCAGGAAUGGAUUGCUUUGAUCCAACGCGGGAAUGGAUGCACCUUUACGGAGAAGAUCAAUAUAGCGGCGAGAAACGGAGCCGUUGGCGUGGUGAUCUAUAAUAACGACCCCGAAUCCGAAAAUCGGGUCAUUCAGAUGUCUCACCCAGGGACAGGAAACACCGUUGCCAUCAUGGUGGGGAACAUCAAGGGCUUGGAGAUUGUAAGUCUGAUCAGGAGCGGCAUUCAGGUCACCAUGACGAUUGAAGUGGGCAGGCAGCAUGGCCCCUGGAUGAGCCACUACUCGGUCUUCUUCGUGUCCAUCUCUUUCUUCAUUGUGACGGCCGCCACUGUAGGCUACUUCAUCUUCUACUCUGCUCGCCGGUUCAGCAGCAUGCGAGCACAGAAUCGCAAGCAGAAACAACUUAAGGCGGAGGCGAAGAAAGCCAUUAGCCAGCUUCAAGUUCGAACUGUGAAAAAUGGAGAUAAGGAAACUGGACCAGACGCAGAUGCUUGUGCUGUUUGCAUUGAGGCCUACAAGCCAGGGGAUGUUCUUUCUAUCUUGACUUGCAACCAUUUUUUCCACAAAUCCUGUAUUGAGCCCUGGCUGCUGGAGCACAGAACCUGUCCCAUGUGUAAAUGUGACAUCCUGAAGGCCUUGGGAGUUGAGCCUGACAUUGAAGAGCCUAGUAUUAUGGUACCUACUGCCCCAGAGUUCAGGAAUUUUACCCGUGGUACCCCAGAAAUGACCGAGGAAGAGCCCCGAAGUGAGACCACAUCCUCGGGUUAUGCUUCAGUACAAGACACAGAAGAACAUGCGGAAGCUACGCUCAACCCUGAACUUGAAAUUGACUGCCAGAAUGAGGAGACUCCUCAAGACAGAGCAGUCAGGGUGAACGUCCAGCCACAAUAUGACAACCUUGGCUUUGAAGGCGACGAGAGCAACCUUCAUGUGGCCAAGACAUAAUGCCGAUGAAUGCAAAAGAAGGAGGAUCGGGAACUGAUGGGAUUGAUGCCACAAUCGCAUCACUUCACAUAAAUUUCCAUGUUGAUAAAUCAAAACUGAAGAUUCAGCUGCAUUAAAAACAAAUACAACCAAUACUAUAAUAUUGAAAUUCCUAAGUGUUUCUGCCUAUGCAUUUUUAAGAACCUUGACUUACUCACUUUCCCUAUGCAUAACCUCUUUUUUAUUUUAUAUUAAGAAAAUACUUCUCCAUUACCUUCAACGGAAUGUAGCAAAGCACCACACUGACUGAUUUGAUUUUUAGGAUUUGAUUUAAUUGCAGAAAAAGCCAAUAGUCCUCUAAUUACCCAUUGGGGGGGGGUAAAUAUCUUGUAAUCAAAUCAAACACUUUAGUUGCAUGGAUUUUUAAGUUAAUGAAUAAAGUUUUCCAUCAGUUACAUAAAAAUGCAGGGGGUUAACCUGAAGCUGUUCACAUACUGUAGCUUAGAAAAUCCAGUCUGUUGUUUUGAUAGCCACAGCAAUCUUGAUACUUUUAUAGCAUCUGCAUUUUCAGACCUUUUGUUAUCCCAAGUGUGGUUUGAAUGGUUUGAUUAAAAAAACAUUUUUUUCAUGUGUACUAAACCCGAAACCCUAGUAGACUUCAUUUUAAAGCACAUUUCAGUAUAUAGGGAAAAUGCUGUAUUUAUGACAUGGAGGGUUUCUUUGUUUUAUGUGCUGCAAAACAGAUUUUGUGUGAAACUGUCCUUUGAGUUAUUGGUAUAUUGCAAUAUUUUGAAUUUUCCUAUUAUACCUGAAAGCUGCCAUGCAUGUAUUUCAUGACUGGAAGUAUCGGGUUGUAGUUGUACUUUUCAUGUUAAGUGGACUUGAGAUGGGCACAAGAGUAGAUAGAUUCCUAGUGAACUAGUGAAAUGCUUCCACCUACUGGAGUUCCUUUGCAAUUUCUUAUGUAAAUCUCGUGCCACUCCAACCUUCUUCUGUCUCCAGAACGAGUGACACAUUUUUUAAACUAUCAAAACCUUUUCAGAGGAUCAUCUAUUUUUAUAUAAUGAUCUCCGUUGUUAUUUUUAAAUACAAUUUCAAUUUUUUUUUUAAGUUUGGAGUUGGAUCAGUCCCUACACUUUUGCAUGGGUUGUAUUCUUAAAUAUGUCUCCACCAGUACAUGAAAUGUUUAUACAGGGUGUUUAAUAAUGUGCAAAUCUUAAAUGAAGGUUUUUUUUUUUGUCUGACUUCCAGAGCAAGAGUCUUUUAAAGUAAUACGGAACUCACUCUUUCUCCACUAAACUGCUAUGAAGACAUGUGUACCUAAAGCUAUUUAAUGCAUAAUAUUGGAAUGUAAAACGUUUGAAUGAUUUCACUGAGUAUUUGCAAACCCAGAUUGCAUGCACUUUAUUUACUUUGCUAAUGAUUUUAUUGUGCUGUCAUGACUUUCAUCAAAUAUAUUUUUUAAAAACUGUGACUUUGUCUUAACACUGAACUAUUAGGUCCACUCUUAAGUAAUAUUUCUUCAAAGUGUUUUUUUAAAUUACAUAAGGGACAAAUAGUAUUGGUUCUGUUAUUUUCUUAACUUCAGUGUGGGAAAAUUAAUAACUGGUGUACAUAUGAUUAAAAUUUAUAUUGAAAUUGUAAAUAAAAUUGUUAUUGUACUA